AUGUGUGAACAACCCGUGAAUUGGCGUUACAUUUACCACAACAUCCAUAAGACUCGCGGAUCAACUCAAGUGAUAGUCAGUCAUGUCUUCGCAGCCGAAAUCAUCGCUCACACCGUCCGCCUCCCAGUCCUCACUGCUAUUAUCGACGGCCAACCUCUCGUGGACGCCGACUACCGGCGCUCUCAUAGUGGCCCCGCCGCUGGAACCGCCACCACAGCCCGCGCUAUCGCCCACCCCUUCCGACCAGUCUCGACGCAACAGCAGUCGCCCACCGCCUCUCCCGCAGACACUACCGGUGCUCAGCAACCGUACCAACCCUACCAGCCCUACGCGCCGGUAGUCUACCACUGGUUCUAUCAGCGGGUGAUCGAGAAUAAGGAGGUUUGGCGGCCGUUCUCGCUGUACGACACGUACAACUUGGAGCAGUCGGUGCUGACGGCACCGACCUAUGGCUACGGAGUGGUCAUACCUACGGACGGCGGCCGCUUCGACGUGUCUGUCGGGGAACGGGUGCGACGACCCGUCUAUUGGCAAGAGUCGGACACUAUAUGCCGGCGCUGUUCCUGGUUUUACCGAAAGGAGGGCCAUAACCGAUGGGUGCCGUACGGCGAGGAGGUCUCCGAGCGCCUGGAGGCCGGGUAUAGGCAGUCAGUGAUGACUAAUACGUGGAAUACGAGGGUGGAGUUGGAUGGGGGACAGGAGGUGGUGGUGAUGCACACCCGGGAGUCUAUAUAUCACUACCAAUUGGAUCAGUCGAUGCCCGACGGGUGGGGACAGGCGUUAGAGAACCCGCAGCGGCCGAGACUCGUGGCCAGAGGUGUAGGCGCUCUGGACGGCAUGGCUGAUGAUAUCGAUGAGGGCGAGCCCGUACAGGUCGACCAUCUCGUGUUCCUUAUACAUGGAAUCGGAGAGAUAUGUGAUUUUAGGUUUCGGUCGAUAGUGGAAGUGGUGGACGACUUCCGGUGCAUAAGCCUAUCGCUAAUGCGCACCCAUUUCCGAUCGUACAUGGAGUCGGGACAGUUGGGUCGCAUCGAGCUGUUGCCCAUAUCGUGGCACUCGGCCCUACACGGCGACGAGACCGGUAUCGACGACCGGCUCCGGCAGAUAACGCUGGACAGCAUACCGAAGCUCCGGCACUUCAGCAACGAUACCAUUCUGGACGCCCUGUUCUACACGAGUCCCGUCUACUGUCAAACGAUUGUCGACUCCGUGGGACAGGAGUUGAACCGUUUGUUUGAGUUGUUUUGUCACCGAAACCCGAACUUUUGCGGAACGGUAGCCCUGGGCGGCCACAGUCUGGGCUCACUAAUCGUGUUCGACAUACUGGCCCACCAGUCCUCGGACGCGGACCUCAACGUCACGCCUAAUACGGACCAC